GCUGCUGGCUGAACACAGGCCGCAGUGAUUUGGUAGCCGCCGCAGUAGGAGGAAGGACCGCGGUUCUACCCCUUCUAUAUUUCAGUAACGCCUCGAAAUUUUAUUGGUGGUUUAUCCUGGUAGCGAUCAGUAAAUUGAGUGUACAGUAACGGUGUUCUAUGUUAACUAAAUCCUAGUAUUUCUAACGGACAGUGACAUCAAUCGCCAUUUUAAUUGCACGUUUUCCCUGACAGAACCGCUAGCACAACAAUGGCUCUGAAAAGAAUUCACAAGGAGUUGAAUGACUUGGCACGGGACCCACCAGCCCAGUGUUCUGCAGGACCAGUAGGAGAUGACAUGUUUCACUGGCAAGCCACAAUAAUGGGACCUAAUGACAGUCCUUACCAGAGCGGGGUUUUCUUCUUGACCAUACACUUCCCCACAGACUACCCCUUCAAACCGCCAAAGGUUGCAUUUACCACAAGAAUCUACCACCCAAAUAUCAACAGCAACGGCAGCAUUUGUCUUGACAUUCUGCGAUCACAGUGGUCUCCAGCUCUCACCAUCUCCAAAGUCCUCCUGUCCAUCUGCUCUCUGCUGUGCGACCCAAACCCGGAUGACCCCUUAGUACCCGAGAUCGCCCGCAUCUACAAGACGGACAGGGAAAAGUACAACAAAAUAGCUCGGGAAUGGACACAAAAGUAUGCAAUGUAGUGUUGGGGUAGAAUCAUGGCCAACCACCUCUACGACAUAAGGUUAGGGGAGCUUCAGACGUAAAGAGAAAACAAACAAAAAACCAUUCAAACAAAUGAAAAGUUUAAAACAAGAUCUUGUUGGUUUCCAUUGGAGUGCUUUCUUUGAGCCACGCCUCCCCUUCACCAGAGUACCUGUAAAAACUCCCUCUGCCCCACCUCCUACAUCCUCUCUCUAUCUCUUUCUCUCUUUUCCUCCCCCCUCCUCUGCCCUCCCCUCUCCUCCCCUCCCACCUCUCAGCUCACCUGCCCACCCUCCAGUGUACAUAUUGUCAACUUGCAAUGGUAACACCCAUCUCUCCCUGCUCUUAUUUCACCUCCUCCCUACCCUCAUGACCUCUGCCCCCCUCUUCUCACCCCUGUAUUCCAUUACAUUUUGUCACCAUGCAGGUUGAACGCCCCCCUCCCCUUUUCCUGCACACGCCUGCAUCUUCACCCACCUUCCCCAGACGUCAAUCACUAAAAGCAUUCCUUUGAAUAUCAGUAAAACUUUGAGGGGACCCUUUUUUCUUUAUUUCCCUGAUUUAAUUUUUUUUUGUUUUGUGUAGGGGGGUGGGAGAAAAUAAGAUGGAGGGGUUUUUACACUCUGCUUCCUUUCUUGUUUUGUUGUCCUUAUAAUUCCCAUCUGUAGAGGUGACAAUUCAAGAAAGCGGUUUUCACACGCGAGUCGAAGGGCACUCUGUGUUUUAUACAAUAAAUAUGUAAAAGAAAUCAUUGCAGGCUAUGUAAAAUGAAAAAAAAAAUGCACAUGGCCUAUUUUGGUCUUCUGUUGGAUUCUAUGAAAGGACUUGAAUUUAUCCCCGCACCACCUGCUCCUGACCCUGCCCUCAUCCCACCCCCACCUAACCCAAGUUGCCCCCUUUGUACACACACAUAGACACACAUGCACGCACAAAUGUAACCCCAUGUCACCCCCACCACUAUCACCAACUUUUCUUUAUUCACAAAGUGGAGGUUCUGGACCAGGUAUUUAAGCAAUUUAUUUUUCUUAGUUUAACCUGUGUUUUUAUCCCCCUCCCCUCCCCAUAACUCUUUAGGUUGCAUUUUUUUUCUUUUCUUUUUUGUUUUCUUUUUUGUUUUUUGCUAUUGUUAAAUUAGAGGCUAACAUCUUAAAUGGCUAUGGGACUGGCUUGGGCUCUGGGUGCGAGGAGAACUCACUCUUCUUGCACAAAACCUCUGUAUAUUGAAUUACCUGAGAGGCUCGUUGAGCUUUGUGUGUUGAUUAAACUGUGUAAUAAAAACCCA